AUGGCUGAUAACAAAUCACAUCUUCCACCGGAAAUCGUAGAAAUUAUUCUAUCAAACUUAUCAGUAAAAUGUCUUUACCGAUUCAAAUCAGUUUCCAAGUCAUGGAAUACUAUAAUCAGAGAUCCUGUAUUCAUCCAGAAUCAUAUCCAAAAAUCUAAGCAUUCAAACUCGCAUAACCUUUUCCUAACUCGUGCGAUGUCGAGUACUUCUUCUAUCCGAUUUUCCGUGGUUGAAUUCGACGAUGAAAAAUUUCAAACCCUACCAGUAGUAAUAGAAGCCCCCUUUGGGUGUGGGUUGGUAUUAUGCUUUUGUGAUGGCAUCCUACUCUUAACCAACCGUUCGUACCAGAGACUUGUGUUGUGGAAUCCAUCCACUCGAACAGCGGAAAAGCUUUGGCAUCGGAAUGGCUGCAGUAAGGCGUCUUUCGGGCUUUGCCGCGAUCCGAACACUGACGAUUUUAAGGUUGUUGUUGCGGAUUGGUACCACUAUUCAGUUUAUUCUUGUAAGAAAAAAUCCUGGAUUAUGAUGAAAAAGGAAUACGAAAUUGAAUACACUGGUUUAGGUUUCAAUCCAAGGAGCACUUCACCGAAAGGAGUCUGUGUUGACGGGGUUAGCUAUUGGGUCUGGAGUCGCCCGACGACUGUUACAAAAAUAGUGUAUUAUGAUCCGAGAGAUGACAAGUUCAAGUUUUUGCGUUUGCCGGAAAAUGUAGACAGGUGCAAAAUUAUUUACUUGGUUAAUGUGAGGGGUUCUUUGGGCAUGUAUUGCAAUUUCUGUAAGGUUCAGAUUUGGACGAAGGAAAAUGGCGUUUCUUCGAAGGAGUUAAUAAGGGUUGAAUAUAAGAUGCCAUUUUGGUUUUCGUUGAAGCUAUGUUCCGUGAGAAAUAAGAUUGUAUUCCACGAAAAUAAGGAUAGAUUAAUAAUUUACAACCCUUGUGAAAAGAGGUUUGAAGAAAGUGAAGAUUACAAUGUAAUAAUUUACAAUCCUUGUGAAAAGAGGUUUGAAGAAAGAGAAGAUUACAUGGAAGAUUACAAAGUACUUUUAAGCGGUGGAGUGGUUACGGUUCCAUACAUGGAGAGCAACGGGUCAUCAGCCCUUUACUUUCGGUCGCGGCUCCUCCAUGACGAAAGGCAAAACUCUAGCGAUUCUUCGACAGCGAAGAAAGAGGAUUUAGAUGAUCGGAGAGUCCUUGAUGAAGGUGGUGAUGUGGCGAAUGGGGAAACCUGCGACGCGGUGAGCCGUCAUGGAGGAGGUGGCAGUGGAAGUACUGAUUCGAGGGAGAGGAAUUCAUUCUUGUGGGAAAAAUGUUAG